UCUUCGCAUCGCUUGCUCGCUGAUAGUGCCUGCUACACCCGCCAGCUUUCUUGCACUUGGCGGACCGCCGAUACCGAUGUCAAAGCCGCCGUGUAUCCUUGACGAGUCAAGUGGGCGAAACCUGCAGCUGCCAGGAAGUGGAUCCGUACGACCGCACUUGUCGAAAUACCCUUAUGCUGUUACCCUUGCCAUUCGGGGGGCUCCGUGCUGCACCUUAUUCCACCACCCUUUCAGCAUCACCAGCUAGCGGACAUCAAAGAAAGUUGUCGUGUGCAUACGCUUGGCGAUAGAAGUGACCAAAGUUCGCACGUGUCGACUCACUGGCUUCAUUGCCCAAGGUGGGACUUCAAGUGGGCUUGCCGGCAUAACGACGUCGUUAUACCGCGAGUUUCAUCCCGUGUGCGCGGUGCUGAGGUUUAAUUCUGCAACGUUGUGGUGUGCAUUCACGUGCAGCAUCCAGCGAUGGAUGACAAGCCCAAGUUCGGAGGGGUGGACUACGCCGUGUUGGGCGCAAUGUUGUCCGUGUCCUCGGGCAUCGGACUGUUCUUCGCGUGGCGGGACCGGCGCGACCAGUCGAACCAGUCGUUUCUGCUGGGCAACCGGCAGUUGAGCCUCCUGCCCGUAUCGCUGUCCAUGAUGGCUAGCCUCCAGUCGGCGACCACCGUGUUGGGCUACCCCGCCGAGAUGUACUACCGGGGCACACAGUUCUGGGUAGCCAUCUUCGGACUGGCCAUCUCCAACGUCAUCGCGGCCGAGGUUUUUCUCCCCGUCUUCUACAGGCUCCAGUUGACCAGCGUCAACUCGUACUUGGAGAGGAGGUUCAACUCGAUCGCAGUUCGGCUGCUCGGUUCGCUGUCGUUCAUCGUGAACACGAUGUUGUACAUGGGAGUAGUGCUCUACGGACCGUCGCUGGCAUUAGAGUCAGUGACCGGCUUUCCUGUGUGGUCAUCAAUCGUGGUCAUUGGUUUGAUCUGCACGCUGUAUACUGCCCUGGGUGGCAUGAAGGCCGUGGUGUGGACGGACGCCUUCCAGAUGACCGUCAUGUUGGUAGGCAUGCUCAGCGUCGUCGUGUGGGGUGCCAUGAAAGUUGGUGGUUUCGGCGUGGUCUGGGAAACGGCCGUCAGCGGGGGUCGUGUGCAGUUCUUCAACACGCAGUUGGACGUCCACCAUUCGGGCUCGCUGUGGACCGUCCUGUUCGGCACCACGUUCGUCUGGCUCGCCUCGUACGGCACCAGCCAGACGCAGGUACAACGCUUCUGCAGCGUCUCCAGCAUCAAGAAAGCCAAGAUGGCUCUGUACAUAAACAUCCCGGGUGUCAUGAUAAACAUCAGCCUAAGCUGCCUGGCGGGAUUGGUGAUAUAUGCACACUACGCGGACUGCGAUCCUCUCAAGGCAGGCGAGAUAUCCAAUCCUGACCAGCUCGUGCCCUACUUCGUAAUGAAGACUAUCGGUGGCGUGCCCGGUCUUCCUGGUCUGUUCGUGGCGUGCGUCUUCAGCAGCGCUCUCAGCACGCUAUCCUCGGGUUUCAACUCACUGGCCGCCGUCACGUGGGAGGACUUUCUUGUUUGCCAUCUCAGUCUCACCUCUCGGCAGGAGGCGUACAUCACCAAGCUCGUAGCUGCCCUCUACGGACUGCUGACCAUUGGCCUUGCGUUUGUCGCCGGUACAGUGGGAUCCAUCCUCAAAGCAGCCUUCGCAAUGUCUGGUGCUCUGUCUGGUCCUUUACUGGGGGUCUUCACGAUGGGACUGCUCUUUCCCGUAAGCAACAAGAAGGGCGCCCUAGCAGGCCUGCUACUGGGCGAGGCCAUGUGCCUGUGGGUGGUGGUGGGGUCUCUGCUGUACGGUUCACCGAGCGAGGACCUUGCCACGUCCGUCGAAGGGUGCGAAACCGGGCCACUUCCAGUCGUCGGUGGUAACUUCAACGUGUCGCGGCACCCGUCACCGGUGGAGCCAGAGGGGCUUCUCAAGCUGUACCACCUGUCUCAUUUAUUCGUUCCGGUCCUAGGAUUCUGCGUCACUAUGACAGCGGGCAUCAUUGUCAGCAUCCUUACAGGAGGUAACGGACGUACGAAAGACGCCCACCUAUACGUGGAAUGCGUCGCCCGACGCGUGAUGGUCUGCGAGGAAAAGGCACAAGAAUUGGACAACCUAAAGGUAAGCCUUCUUUUCCUUCCUGAUUUUACAGAACGUACCCUGUUACGCAGUCGACAAUCCUCAUGUGCGUCCUCCUAUUAAUACGCUGGCUCACCU